AUGGAAGUCAAUAAAUUGAAUAUUAUUCAGCAAGGCCUGGAAAAAUCGGUCAACUCUACUUUAGCGCAGCUGAAAAAGUAUCAGGACCAUGAAGAAAUCUCAAACUUGAUAACCGAAUUGAAUAAAGAAAGGAAUAACAAUAGAGAAACAUUACUGAGCACUCUGAAGGAAACAGUAGGUUUGGUGAAGAACAAAACACAAUUACUGAGGCACAAUAAAAUCUUGGAUAUAACAGACUUGAGGCAGUUCAAGAACCAGAUGAUACUCAUCCAAGAAAACAUAAGAAACCUCAAAUCUGAAUCCAGAGCCAAAUUAACCCAACUGAAAGAUGAAUAUGCUGAUUUGACUGAAGACCUAGAUUACUACAGUGAGAAAAUACCAAUAUGGUCAGAAAAGAUGAGAGAUCAAAUUUAUACAGAAACCAUGAAAACACCUCUGACAUGUAAAGGUCCAAAGUGCAAGGAAGUCAGAGAUUUUAUAGAGUUUGUUCACAAGAGUAAAGGCCAUGAAAAUGGUUGGAGAAAAGAAGAUCAUCAAUUAUUUCUGAAAAUACGCCAAAAACACAAACAUAUCGACACUUUGGCCAAACAUUUACACGAGGCUUUACCAGAUAUAAGUAUCAAUGAAAUAGAAUGCCACGAAAAAUGGUACAAAGAAUAUUUGUCUCUUCAACUGAAUAAACGAAAAGCAAUUAAAGCUUGGAAGACUGCAAAAAACUCGGCAACAAGAACGAAAACUAACCAUAUCUCUGCCACAAAUUCCCUUGAGCAACUUUGUGAUCCACCAAACACUGGGAUAGUAUCUAGACCACAUGAAUACAUUAAGAAAAUGCUUAUGGAGUGGAAAUUAGAAAAACAAGAAAAGUUACAAAAUGCCUUGCAAAUAGAGCAGACCAAAGAACAAAGAAGAAAAGAGAUAGCAGCAGCACAAAGAAAACAACAUGAGGAGCUGAAACAGUUAGUUGAAAACUGGAAAAAAACAAGAACAGAAAUUGAAGAACAAGAAAUAUUACAAAGAAAAGCAUUGGAGGAGAAAGAAAAGCGGAGAAGAGCUGCUGAAGCCAACAGGAUGAUCAAACAAUUUCAAAUUCAAGAUGACCUGUACAUCUUGAAGAAACAGACCAAAAAGACAGAAGAGCUGAAACCAUUAAGAAGCAAAUCUAGUCAGCUGGCUAAAAGAGACCCAAUGAGACUACUCAAACCUACUCAACAGUGGAUAAAUAGGGUUCAUGAUGAGAACAAUUACCUAACAGAAAGUGUAUCCCUUUCCUUGAAAAAUGUUCAAAAACUUAGAAUACCUGAAUGGAGAAAAAAGACUGACUAA